CCGAGGCGCACGCCGGCCCAGCGCCCACAGCUGCGGCGGCCUAGGUGCCGCGUGGGGCAAGCAGGUGCCUCGCGUCCAGCCGGCUCCGCUGCUGGCUGCCUCGGAAACCGGCCGCGCUCCUCCCAGCGAGGCGUGGCGGGGAGGCGUAGUGAGGCUGGGCCCGUGGCGGUUUCCUGAGGAGGGCCGAGAAGGGGCCGGGGGUGCUAGGGGAACGGGCGCUGGGGGCAGCGGCCCCGGUGGAUGCUAAGGGAUUCGGGAUCGGGAGAGUCCACCACGCCUGCCUGCUCGGCUGAGAAUCGCCAUGCUAAAGGGAAAAAAGGAAAAGGCCAGGGCAAGUCUCAUGGGAAGAAACAGAAGAAACCAGAAGUGGACAUUCUCAGCCCCGCGGCCAUGCUGAACCUCUACUACAUCGCCCACAACGUCGCUGACUGCCUGCAUCUACGAGGCUUCCAUUGGCCGGGUGCUCCCAAAGGAAAGAAAGGGAGAAGCAAGUGACAGCAUUUCACAACACAUCUCUGUUACAGACAACAGGACCUGGGGAAGAGAAGUCAGGAUAACACAACUGUUGCCAGCAACAUAGACUUUACUCCAGACGACUUGAGAUGCAAAUUAAGUGUGCUUUUCUGUGAUGGUGGAAGAUCAGGAAAUGCACCUUACUUCCUCUGUUAUGCCAGAUAUGGUUAGCCACUUUGGUUUUUUAGGAGCUAUAGGAUGGGAAAAGCCUGAGUAAUUCCUACACAGUGUGCUGAAAUUAAUAGAACUUUCAGAAAUUAUUAUAAUUCUGGGUCAGGAUUAAACUUUGCUCUCAGAAGGCAGUUCUAGUUGCAUUAAUUGUUUUCUUUUGCCAAAGAGCGUUUGUCAUUUAGAGAAGACACAGCAAGAAACACUGGGUUUCCUUAGGAACAUUCCUCUCUUGGGCACCAUUUCCUUUUUUUUUUUUUAAUGGAAAAUAAUAAAUACUUUGUUUCUAUAA